AUGACUGAAGAGAAUGUGCGUGAGGAGGCGGGGACCUCACAUGAUCCCCAGGCAGAGAUAGCCCGCUUGAAUGAAAAGGUAGCGCGGCUCGAGAAGGAAUUGCAGGAACGAGAUCGCACGGAACAGCAGGAAACUCAGGAAGAAGUGUCGCAGAGUGGCCAGAGGGACCCUAAGCGCGAUGCCGGGCAUCCGGAAGGAGUAGCGGGAGAUGGUGGUGAGACUGACAGAGACGCUGAACUUGCUAACCUUGCCAAGAAGGAUGAAAAGGGGAAAGAGAAGUGGGUAGAAAAGUUGACAAAGUUAGAGCAGCAGUGCGAUUAUUUGAUGGGUUCUGCUCAAGCGGGAGUGACGGAAAAAGCUUUGCUGACUGACAGCUUGUUUUCCACCGCUGUGUCCCCUUUUACUGAACAUAUCAUGUCACGCCAACUCCCAAACAAGUUCAAGAUGCCCGAGAUACCGGUGUAUACGGGGUUGGGGGACCCUAUCGAGCACUUGGCAAGUUUCCGUGCGCAUGUGGCGCUUCAUGCCACGCCGGACGAGGUCGCGUGUAGAGCGUUCCCCCUUACCUUGGCAGGAGGAGCCAGGGAGUGGUUCAGGACCCUGCCACCCUGCUCGAUCGCGAACUUUGAAAGCCUUGCUAGAAAGUUUGCGUCCCAGUUUAUGGCUGGUAUUGUCCGCAAGAAGCCUGCUCAGCAAUUGAUGACCAUCAAGCAAGGUCCUCAGGAGUCAUUAAGGAGUUAUCUGUUUCGCUUCAAUCAGGAGAGGUUGGCCGCCGAAAGCCAAAACGAGCAAUUCAUUCAUUGUGCCAUCUACCAGGGCAUAAGGAAGGAUGGCGCUCUUAUGGCGGAUUUGGCGAGAAGGCCAGCUGAGAGAUUGCAGGAUCUCUAUGAUCGUGCGGAGGAAUUUGUGAACCAGGAAGAAACCCUUCGGGCAUUCCGAGAAACGGAGGAAGCUGCGAAAAGUGGUUCCAGGGAUAGAGGAAGAUCGAAGCAGGAAACUGUUCCGGUAAGGAAGGAGUUCACUCAGCGCAAGCCUGUUAAAAGAGUCGAAAAUUAUAGCUGGACGCCUGUUAAUGCCCCGGCUAGAGAAAUCCUUAUGGAAAUCAGAAAAGACCCGAAUUACAAGGAUCCGUCCCCGAUAAAAGGCCGGCCGCAUCCCCGCAAUCGCCACAAAUAUUGUCAUUAUCAUGACUCCUUCGGCCACUGGACCAAUACAUGUGUUGCCUUGAAAGAAAUGAUCGAGAAGUAUAUAGCUGAUGGCAAAUUGACACGUUUUUUGGAAAAGCGUGAGGACGUGACGGCAAGAUUUCCGUCGAGUAGACCAGCUGGGGGUCAAGGUUCGGGCGGCCGGGAUGCACAUUCGGCGCGCCCCCCGUACCGCUACGAGAGGAGGCCGGCUCGACAACCCGACAGAGACUUUCAGCCGGAGAGGGCGCGUCAGCGAGAGCGGAGUAGAAGCUGCAAUCGGCACGAGGGGCCAGGCGAUUUUCCCGAAAUUCAGACUAUAGCUGGAGGCUUUGGAGGAGGGGGCGAGACUUACUCGGCCCGAAAAUCAUAUGCCCGAGAGAUGAGGGAGGUGUCCAUUUAUUCGGUCGCAAGACCGUUGAAAGCAGCUAAGCGUGAGAAGCUGACCAUUGCUUUCUCGGACAAGGAUUAUGAAGGGGUGUACUUGCCCCACUCUGAUGCCCUGGUGGUGACCAUGGUGAUAGCGAAUCAUAGAAUACACCGGGUCUUGGUGGACAAUGGCAGCUCUGCCGAUAUCCUAUACAAAUCAGCUUUCGAUUUGAUGAAGAUUAGCAGGGAUAAAGUUUCCACUUUCCGCUUCCCUUUGGUAGGGUUUGCUGGGGAGCAGGUAAUGCCCUUGGGAUCGAUUGAAUUACAAGUUACUGUGGGGAGUUCCCCCACUCAGAAGACAAUUCCGGUCAAGUUCCUCAUAGUCGACCAACCGUCGGCUUACAACGCAAUCUUUGGGAGGACGGCUCAGGCCGAGCUGAAGGCGGUAACUUCGAUACCUCACCUUUGUAUGAAGUUCCCGACGGAUGAUGGAGUAGGAGUGGUUCGGGGAGAGCAGAAGGUGGCCCGCAAAUGUUAUAACAUCUCUUUGGGAAACCCUUCCAGAGAUGCACGCCCCAGUGUGGGGGCAAGCCCCUCCAGAGAUGCACGCCCCGAUCCGGGGGCAGGCUCUUCAAGUAAAUAG